GUCUCUCUGUGCCGCCGCCGCCGCCGGCCUCCAAGGAGGGCCCGCCGAGCCAGGAGGAGGAGGAGGAGGAGGGUGAGGAGGAGGAGAUUACAGAAUAGAAGAGAAAAAUGUGUCAGUGGAAGUCACCAUAAACAAUAUAAUGUGUUAUAGAGGUGGACAAGGCUGCAGAUUGAAACGUGGAUCAUCCAGAUUGUUCCUUUCCCUCGACCAUAUGAAAAACAGACCCUGGAAGAACUUCCUCCACACGAAGCUCCAGGAGGAGUGAAUGCUUUGGCGGAACAUUGCCAACAAGUAAAAAAGAAUCUUGGCCAACUUGGAUCACAUACAGAAGAAUGAGCAUUCUACUAAUUGAAGCUUUCUACGGAGGCUCACACAAGCAGCUUGUGGAUCUCUUGCGAGAGGAAAUAGAAGACUGUGUCCUUUUCACUCUCCCGGCCAAGAAAUGGCACUGGAGAGCAAGGACUGCAGCUCUCUACUUCAUGCAAAAUGUCCCACCCAGUACUGAUUAUAGGAUCCUCUUUGCAAGCUCGGUGCUUAACCUGACUGAACUUGUUGCCCUUCGGCCUGACCUUGGCAAAUUGAAAAAGGUCCUUUACUUCCAUGAGAACCAAUUGACAUAUCCUGUCCAGAGGUGUCUGGAAAGAGACUUCCAGUAUGGAUACAACCAGAUUCUUUCAUGCUUGGUUGCUGAGAUUGUGGUGUUCAACUCUGCUUAUAAUAUGGAGUCAUUUCUAACAUCUAUUGGAACAUUUAUGAAGCGGAUACCUGACCAUAGACCUAAGCAUCUGGAACAGCUAAUCAGGCCAAAAUGCCAAGUCCUUUACUUCCCAAUGAGGUUUCCUGAUGUGAGCAGAUUUAUGCCAGAACACAAAAAGACCCAUGUUGAGAAGGCACCAGGUUCCAAUGCAAAUGAAAAUAUAAGUGCUCCUCAUUUUAUGGAUCUACCUUUCCAAGAAAAGAACACUGGGAUUUCAGAUUCAACAAGCCUCGACAGCUCAGAUUGUGGGCCUGGCAAUGAUGAAGUACAGUCUGGAUUUUGCUCCCUAUUACCAAAGAGGUUGCAUAACCCAUCAGCAACACUAGAGGACAUGAACAAACCAACAUCUGAACGCACAAAUAUUUGUGAAGAAAAUAGAAAACUUAUGACUUGUGCCUUGAGCUGCAUCCCAGAAGAAUUGGACUAUCAGCAGAAACCUUUGCACAUUGUUUGGCCUCACAGGUGGGAACAUGAUAAAGAUCCAGAAAGUUUUUUUCAAGUGCUGCUGAAAAUGAAAGAGAUGAAAUUACGUUUUCAUGUGUCUGUCCUUGGCGAGACCUUCACGGAUGUUCCAGAUAUAUUUUCAGAGGCCAAAAAGGCACUGGGAUCAACUGUGUUACACUGGGGCUACUUACCUAGCAGAGAUGAGUAUUUCCAAGUUCUGUGCAUGGCCGAUGUUGUCAUCUCCACAGCUAAACACGAAUUCUUUGGCGUGGCAAUGAUAGAAGCUGUAUACUGUGGCUGUUAUCCUCUCUGUCCCAAAGCUUUGGUCUAUCCAGAAAUAUUUCCAGCUGAAUAUCUAUAUUCUACACCUGAACAGCUUUUUAAAAGGCUUCAGAAUUUCUGCAAGAGACCAGAUAUUGUGAGGAAACAUCUUUAUAAGGCCUGGCUAUUGUUGGAAAUAGAUCAUCACACCCUACAGAACAUCUUGCCUUUCCAGCACCACCCUUUCUGCAAACGGCUCCCCGGAUCCUUCCUGGGAAGAUAGCAAAGGAAACUGCUUCUGAGGAAGCCACUGAAUAAACCAGCUUUGCAUUUUAAUGUGAAAAUCACAGCAGAAAAAAACCCCACACACAUAACAAACCCAAAACCCUGAGUUCUGACUCCUGCCAGGAAAGACCAUUCCCGAGGCAAGGAGGACGCCAAGUCCGCUGUCUUUGCUCCAGCUUUAGAAAAAGCCAGCCUGACUUAACAUUUGGUUGAGUUGGAAGGGACGGGAGAAGAACAUCCCAACUCAAAGAGGCAGAAAUGCUAUCCAAAAGCAUUUCUAAUCAGGAGGAGAAAAGAGGGAGUGGAAUUUUAACAAGGCGCAUUAAACUUUGGAAGAGCCUCUCCGUUUAUUGCUGACGCGCUGAACAGGCUUUGAGGAAUGAGGGAGGCGAGCCGGGCCAAAAGGAUGAAAGCAAGUUGGGGGGGUGAGGUGGAGAAGGAAAUCGAGGUUAAAUGAGGCCAGCCAGGAGGAUCUUUCUUUAAAGAAAUUGAUAUCAUAAAAAAUAAGAACAAGGAGGCAGAGGUUUGGAGAGCCCACGGUCAUGGCUUAACAGCACACCAGAGAGUGUAGCUCAAGGUAACAAGCGGUCACAUAUUUUUUGGAAAGUAAGAUCCCAUCUGAUCUUGGAAGUUAAGCAGGAUCAGCCUUGGCUAGUAUUUGGUUCGGAGACCUCCAGCAAAUCCCUGGUUCUGUGGGCAAUAUUUCAUAGGAAAGAAAGAUCAUUUGUAGCCCAAGAAAAAACCAGGAGGUCAUUGUAAGUCCAGAGGCACAUGCACAAGCCCAUGGAAGAGAGACAUCAUGGUAUAGUGGUUUGACUGCAGUUCAAGGCGGUGAGGGUUCAAGUUCCCACUCAGCAAAGAAGCCCACUGGGUGGCCUCAGAUAAGUCACACUCUCAGGCCUGCCCUUGUUUGACUUUUGAACUUGGAUUAGAUUUGGAUUAGAUUAGAUCCCAACCCUGCUAUACGCAUGCGAAACAUGGACUAUCUACAGACGUUAUACACAACUCCUGGAGCGAUUCCAUCAAUACUGCCUCUGAAAAAUCCUGCAAAUCUCUUGGGAAGACAGGCAGACAAAUGUCAGCGUGCUGGAAGAAGCAAAGCAUUGAAGCAAUGCUCCUCCGCCAUCAACUCCGCUGGACUGGCCAUAUUGUCAGAAUGCCCAGUAACUGUCUCCCAAGGCAGUUACUCUAUUCCAAACUCAAAAACAGAAAACGGAAUGUUGAUGGGCAGGAAAAGAAAUUUUAAAAAGGGCUCAAAGCCAACCUCAAAAACUGUGGCAUUGACACUGAGAACUGGGAAGCUCUGGCCCUGGAGCACUCUAACUGGAGGUCAGCUGUGACCAGCAGUGCUGUGAAAUUUGAAGAGGCACAAAUGGAGGGCAAAAGGAAAAAAUAUGCCAAGAGGAAGGCACAUCAAGCCAGCUCCGACUGGGACUGCCUUCUGUCUGGAAACUGAUGUCCUCACUUCAGGAGAAGAUGCAGAUCAAGAAAAGGGCUCCACAGCCACCUACUGACCCACCGCCAAGACACCACAUCUGGAAGAUAAUCACCUAUGAGGGAUCACCUAACAACAACAACAAGAUUUGUUGUAUUCAGGAUAGUAUGGUGGUGUAAAAAUAAUCUCAUUAAAAAUAUCUUCUUGAAAGAGAAAAAUCUGGUGAAGUGUUAGUAGUGGAUUAGACUUCAGAGAGCCAAGGUGAAGUUUUUGUUUAGCCCUUAAAGUUUAUUAGAACACUUUGGGUUAAUCAUUUUCUGAGGCUGACCUCAUAGUGUUGUUGUGGAGAAAAGGUAGGCUGUAAUUCUAACCAAUGCAUAUGUCCAUGUAGAGACAUUGCUGUGCAGUGUGUUGUGCAGUGUUUUGACCAUUGCACUAGAAAGCCAGGAAAUGGGUUUAAAUUCCUGCUCAACUGUGGAAAUCCAUGGGUAUGU